UCAAUGUUCAACGACUAGUGAGACAGCAAGUUUCUGUUUACGAGUUUAAUUAAGUGACCAACAAAGCAGUAGAGGUUUAACAUACGACAGAUAGUUUACUUUCCAUUGCAUUUAAACAGUUUCAGGUGAUCAUUUAACCCAUACGUAGACAACAAAAAUGGGUUCGGAGAUCAUAUUUUUUAUGACUUUUUUCAUUGCUUGUAAGAAUGGAAUAGCAAACAGUUACACCGUCCCUUACAAAGAAAUGUUUUUCAAUCAAACUUUGGAUCAUUUCAACUGUGUGUCCUUCGGGGAGAAAACGUUUCAACAAAGAUAUCUACUUAAAGAAACUUGGUGGAACCAAGGAGUAGGGCCUAUCUUCUUUUACACAGGAAAUGAAGGCGACGUUGCUGUCUUCUGGAACAACACCGGUUUUAUACAGGAAAUUGCUCCCAAGUUUCAAGCUUUGGUUGUUUAUGCUGAACACAGGUUUUAUGGGAAGUCAGUGCCAUCCGGAAAUGACAGUUUCAAACAUCCGAUUGUUGGACUUUUAACGAUUGAGCAAGCGCUGGCGGACUACGCUCACCUGCUAACUCACUUGAAGGAGGAACUCAACGCUAGCCAAUGUCCAGUGAUUGCAUUCGGAGGUAGUUAUGGGGGGAUGUUGAGCGCGUACUUUAGGUUCAAAUAUCCAAAUAUUGUUGAUGGAGCUAUAGCAGCGAGCGCCCCUAUAUAUCAGGUAGCUGGGCUUACAUCGAGUUCAAGUUUUUUUCAGGCUGUGACACAGACCUUCCACAACGCAUUGCCUAAUUGUGAAUCUCAAAUAAGAAAGGCCUUUCAGAUUUUAAACCAAUGGGCCGCAGAAGGAGUCGUUGGAUUUAACAGAAUACGGAAGACUUUCAAUCUCUGUGAUGAUAUUUCUAAUCUUACAAAAUUUCAACAUUUCCUUUCAUGGGCAAGAAAUGCUUUUGUCUUUGUCGCCAUGAUGGAUUACCCAUAUUCUACAGACUUUAUAGGAAAACUCCCCGGGCAUCCAGUCAAGACAAUGUGCCAGCAAAUGUUCUCAACAUCAGCACCGACGAAGGGUCUUGCCGUCGCUGUGUCACUGUUUUAUAAUGCAUCUGGAGACAAGGAGUGUCUCGAUGUGGAUAAAUUCAUUCCGUGUGCUGAUCCAACUGGUUGCGGAGAAGGCGAGAACUCUCGGGCUUGGGACUACCAGGCAUGUACAGAAGUGAACUUAGAAGGAGGCAGUAAUAAUGUGACAGACAUGUUCCCAGAGUUGCCCUUCACAGCCGAGAUGAGGGACGAAUAUUGCCUAAGAACCUGGGGAGUGACUCCUCGACGAGAUUGGUUAAAAACUCAUAUGUGGGGAAGAGAUAUUGCCCAUUCCACAAACAUCGUGUUCAGUAACGGUGAUUUGGAUCCGUGGACGCAAGGGGGCGUUACACACAACGUAUCGUCUGGGAUUCAUGCUAUCCUCAUCAAAGGAGGGGCACACCAUCUAGACCUAAGAAGAAGCAACCCUGCUGAUCCUAACUCAGUUAUAGUAGCUAGGUCGUUUGAAAAGAUGAUGAUUUAUAGUUGGAUUAAACUAGCAAGGAAAAGUAAGAAUUUUUAAAACAUCUAACUGUUCAUUAAAAUAACUGAAGUAAUAAGCGUUUUUGCAGAGCCAUAUUUUGUGUAAUUAUCAACAUUUAGUUAUUUACCUAUCAAUCUUUAAUACUGCAAGUACUAUUUUAAUCGUUUAGUUCCUACGACAGAAGACAGUUGUUUUGUAAGUGAAAAGUUAAAAUAAAGACGAACAUUCGCUUUCCCUAA